AAAUAUGGAAAAUGUACAGCCAUGCAGACAAAUUUUAUACAAAAAUAAGGUUCUACCAACAUGUAUAAAGAUAAUUAUAAAUAUAAUCAGAUAUAUAAUGUGUCUUCUCCUAGUUGGUUUGAAUGUUAGAAUUGAGAAAAGGCAGCGGCAAUUCAGGAACAAAGGGGACAGCGACCCGCCGAGACAAGCGCGGCUCAAUAGUCUCAGCCGCUUUAACUCGCUUCUUGCAAAAGGCCAAAGGGAGACUAUUUAUUCAACUGGCUAAAACAGGGCUUCUGAUGGGGAAAUUUUGGUCGCUGGAAAGCUCAAUUUGAAGAUGAUGUUGUCCAAAGUUGAGGCUAGGAAGAAGAAUGGUGAAGAUUCGGGUAAUGGGAAGUUGCUGAAUGAAAUUGAAGCUAUUAACAAAGCAUUGUAUUUGGAUAAGAACGCUUCAAGGACUUCAUUUUCUGCUUUUAAUAGUCGGUCCAAUCCAGCCGGGAAAACCCACCUACCUGAACCAAAACUGAAGCAUAAGAAUGGUAAUGAGGACCCAUCAUGUAAAGAAAAGAAAUCCAUUUGGAAUUGGAAGCCGUUGAAAGCAUUUUCAAAUGUUAGAAACCGUAGAUUUGAUUGUUGUUUCUCACUUCAAGUACACUCCAUUGAAGGUUUACCAGCAAGUUUUAAGGAUCUUAGUCUAUGUGUGCAUUGGAAGAGGCGGGAUGGGGGUCUAAUAACCCAUCCUGCUAAAGUUUUUGAUGGAACUGCUGAAUUUGAAGAGAAGUUGACGCAUACAUGCUCGGUAUAUGGUAGUAGAAGUGGACCUCAUCAUUCAGCCAAGUAUGAGGCCAAGCAUUUCCUGUUCUAUGCUUCUGUGUUUGGAGCACCAGAUGUUGAUUUGGGGAGGCAUCGAGUUGACCUUACACGGCUGCUUCCACUUACAUUGGAGGAAUUGGAGGAAGAGAAGAGCUCAGGGAAGUGGACAACAAGUUUUAAGUUAUCUGGGAAGGCCAAGGGUGCUACAAUCAAUGUUAGUUUUGGGUAUAUGGUUAUUGGGGAUAAUCCCAAUGCACCUGGAGAUAAUCAGUAUGGCUCUGAGUUGUCACAUAUGAAGCAGAAUAAUCUGAAUAUGGGAAAAGCAGCUACUGAAUUUGGUCAUGGAGAUCAGACGGGCACAAUGAGGCGUGUUGAGAGUCUUCCCAGUUUGGAUAAUCUCAGAUCUUUUGGCUCAUCUCAUCUUGUGGAGGAAAUAAAAGAUCUUCAUGAAGUUUUACCACUGUCAAAGUCAGAGCUUGAUGAUACAAAUAUGCUAGAUCAGAAACUUGAUGAAGACAAGUCAGAUGCUUCAGCUGCUUCUAAGCCUGAACCUGAUGUGUUAACUGAACAGUUUGAGGCCAUCACGCCUCCAUCUUACUUUGUAUCUGAAUCAAGUAAGGAGAAUAUUGAAAAAGAAACAGAAGAUAAUGAAUUCUCUGUUGUGGAAAAAGGCAUAGAGUUAUCUUCAGAAGAGCAGGCUAGGCCGGAGGAAAUUUCCAUCAUGGGUGCUAUAUUGACAGUAGAAAGCCCUCAAGUUGUUGAAACCAAUCAUUGCAUUGGAGUGAACUGUGAAGAAUGCUCUCAGCUUCAUCCCUCAAAUGAGGAGAGUAGCAGCAAUAAGAGAGACAUGCUUUUGGUGCAAGAUUGCAAUUCUGAAGAGGAUGACCAGUGCUCAAAAGAAUCACUGAUGAGAGAAUUGGAGUUAGCUUUAGAUGGCAUCACAAAUUUGGAGGCAGCAUUAGAUUCUCCUGAUCCUGAAAACCCUGAAGACUACAUGGAGAAUAAAGCUAAUUAUAAAACAAAUAGGAAGGCAAAGUCACUUAGCUUGGAUGAAGUUACUGAAUCUGUGGCAAGUGAGUUCUUGAAUAUGAUUGGUAUUGAUCACAGUCCAUUUGGCUUGAGUUCUGAGAGUGAGCCUGAGUCACCAAGGGAGCGCUUACUUAGGCAAUUUGAGAAAGAUACACUAGCCAAUGGUUUUUCGUUAUUUAAUUUUGACAUGGCUGAUGGGGAGGAACUAGAAUGUGGCUUAGACACCUCAACUCCAUCUGGUUGGGCUAACUUAACUGAUGAUCUGCCAUGUUUUAUUCAAGAUGGUGAACAAGAGCAUCAGAUGGAAACUAAUGUGAGGAGAAAAAUGAGGGCAAAAGUGUUGGAAGACUUGGAGACAGAAGCUCUAAUGCGUGAGUGGGGAUUGAAUGAGAAAGCUUUUCUGCGUUCUCCAUCUAGCUCAUCUGGUGCGUUUGGGAGUCCAGUUCAUUUGCCUUCUGAAGAGCCUCUUGAAUUACCUCCACUUGGAGAAGGUUUAGGUCCAUUUCUUCAGACAAAGAAUGGAGGGUUUUUGCGGUCUAUGAAUCCCUCACUUUUCAGUAAUGCUAAAAGUGGCGGGAGCCUGAUCAUGCAGGUGUCUAGUCCAGUUGUGGUACCAGCAGAAAUGGGUUCUGGUAUAAUGGAUAUACUUCAGCAACUGGCCUCAGUUGGGAUUGAAAAGCUAUCUAUGCAGGCAAAUAAAUUGAUGCCUUUGGAGGAUAUAACGGGUAAGACCAUGCAACAAGUAGCAUGGGAAGCUGCCCCCACUCUGGAGGAGCCAGAUAGGCAGUGUUUGUUGCAGCAUGAGUUUGACGUUGGGCAAGAUAGGUCUAGUGGGCAAAAGAAAGUUAAAAGAAUAACACCUCUGCCCAACUCUAACCAAUGUAGUUCAACCUCUGUCAAUGAGAUGGGCUUGGAUUAUGUAUCCCUUGAAGAUCUUGCUCCAUUAGCAAUGCAUAAGAUUGAAGCACUCUCAAUGGAAGGCUUGAGAAUUCAAUCUGGCAUGUCAGAUGAGGAUGCACCUGCAAACGUCAGUGCACUGUCUAUCGGGGAAUUUUCGGCCCUUCAAGGCAAGGGGUUUGGUAUUAGUGGGUCCCUUGGUCUGGAGGGUUCUGCUGGGUUGCAAUUGUUGGACAUAAAAGACAGUGGUGAUGAUGUUGAUGGAUUAAUGGGUCUGUCACUGACUCUUGAUGAAUGGAUCAGGCUUGAUUCUGGUGAUAUUGAUGAUGAAGAUCAAAUAAGCGAGCGAACUUCUAAAAUCCUUGCUGCUCAUCACGCUACAUCAUUAGACUUGAUUCGCAGAGGGUCAAAGGGAGAAAAAAGGCGGGGUAAAAAGUGUGGUUUGUUAGGGAAUAACUUCACAGUAUCAUUGAUGGUGCAACUUAGGGAUCCUAUAAGAAACUAUGAGCCAGUUGGUGCACCAAUGCUUGCACUUAUUCAAGUGGAGAGAGUAUUUGUGCCACCAAAGCCAAAGAUAUAUUGUACGGUUUCAUCUUUGAGGAAUGGCAAUCAAGAGGAUGAUGACUCUGAGUCCGCUGUCACAGAGGAGGUGAAAAAGGAGGAGUUAAAAGAAGAAAAAGCUUCCCAAGAGGAAGGGAUUCCUCAAUUCAGAAUCACAGAAGUCCAUGUUGCAGGCUUGAAGACUGAGCCUGGCAAGAAGAAACUUUGGGGUAGCACGACUCAACAACAGUCUGCUUCUCGAUGGUUGCUUGCCAAUGGAAUGGGAAAGAGCAAUAAACAUCCAUUAUUGAAGUCCAAGGCCGCUUCUAAAUCUUCAACCCCUUCAACAACAAAGGUUCAGCCAGGUGAUACUUUGUGGAGCAUCUCAUCUCGUGUUCAUGGUACUGGAGUUAAAUGGAAAGAAUUGGCAGCCCUCAAUCCACAUAUUCGAAAUCCUAAUGUUAUAUUACCCAAUGAAACUAUCAGGUUGCGAUGAGUUGCGCAUGCAUUGGAAUCUGCUUGAAAUGAUUAAGCUCCUAAAUAAGAUGGCGUGGCUGAUGGGGAGCCACAGUAUACAGCUUUGAGAUUAAACAGGGUUGAUGGGUUCUGCUUGUGGAGAUUUUAUUGUAUUUAUUUUGAAUGUAUUCAUUCAUUCGGUUCAAGUCAACAGCAAAGGUGGGGUUACGUUUUCGUUUUGGUCUUGUAAAAUUUGUUUUUGUGAUCAAGAGUGCAUGGUGUAAUUGAUGUGUCCUAGUGCUAUUGUGUUUUUUCUCAUUAGGAAGGAGGCCCUUUUGGCCCGAUUAUAAUUUAUAAAAUGGGAAGUUGGGUGGAAACUCCUUUC